AUGUCUAGCGUUGUUACAAUUAAUACAAACCCUUACGAGGGCCAAAAGCCGGGCACAAGUGGUUUGCGUAAAAAAGUUAAGGUAUUUGUACAAGUCAACUACACAGAAAACUUUGUUCAAAGUAUACUGGAUGCCAACAAGGAUUCCAUAAACGGUUCCACGCUUGUAGUUGGUGGUGAUGGUCGCUACCUUGUCAAGGAAGUCGUUGAUAAGAUCAUAAAGAUUGCUGCUGGAAAUGGGGUUGGAAAGCUGAUUGUUGGACAAAAUGGUAUAUUAUCUACGCCGGCUGUUUCCCAUAUCAUCAGGAAGUUUAAAACUUUAGGUGGAAUUGUUCUCACAGCUUCUCACAACCCUGGUGGCAUUGACAAUGAUUUUGGAAUUAAAUUUAACUGCAGUAAUGGCGGCCCUGCACCUGACCAAACCACAAAUGAAAUAUAUAAACUCAGUACAACAAUCAAACAAUACAAAAUUGUACCAGAUAUACAGUGCAAUAUUGAUAAAAUUGGUCUACAGAAAUUUAAGGUUGAAGAUAGAGAAUUUAUUGUUGAAAUAGUAGAUUCUGUAAAGGAUUAUGUUGAUUAUAUGAAGGAGAUAUUUGACUUUCCAAAAAUCAAGGCUCUAUUGCAAGGAUCAGAGCGCCGGAAGGCUUUUAAUGUACUUAUUGAUGCCAUGAAUGGAGUAACUGGUCCCUAUGUAAAACGUAUCUUCAUAGAUGAGUUAGGAGCCACAGGAAAUAACGUUCGUAGAAUUGUACCUUUGGAAGACUUUGGUGGGGCUCACCCUGAUCCCAAUCUGACAUAUGCGGCUGAUCUUGUGAAUGCGGUCAAGGGUGGGGACUAUGACUUUGGUGCUGCGUUUGAUGGUGAUGGUGACCGCAACAUGAUAAUCGGUCGCGAUGCGUUCUUCGUUACACCGUCAGACUCCCUAGCAGUGCUGGCAAAUAAUCUCCACCACAUCCCGUACUUCCAGAAGACAGGUGUGAAGGGCUUCGCCAGGAGUAUGCCCACAGCUGCAGCCGUUGAUAGAGUUGCUGCUGCCACGGGAAAGGAGUUCUUCCAGGUGCCUACUGGUUGGAAAUAUUUCGGCAACCUCAUGGAUGCUGGGCGUCUCUCCCUAUGCGGAGAGGAGAGUUUUGGCACAGGGUCUGACCACGUGAGAGAGAAAGAUGGGCUUUGGGCGGCACUGGCUUGGCUCUCCGUUCUCGCGGCUACGGGACUCUCUGUGGAAGAGAUUUUGACGAAACACUGGCAACAAUUUGGCAGGAAUUACUUUACCAGAUAUGAUUACGAAGAGUGCCCCAGCGACCCCUGCAACGAGAUGAUGCAAGAGCUGGAGAAGAAGAUGACGGCCCCGGGCUUUGUGGGCUCCCGUUACUCUGCUAAUGGGAAGGAGUAUAAAGUGUCAGUGGCCGAUAACUUCUCCUAUAUGGAUCCAGUAGAUCAGAGCGUCGCUAUGAUGCAGGGUCUCCGCAUAGUGUUUGAAGACGGAUCCCGCAUUGUGAUGCGUCUCAGUGGUACAGGCAGCUCUGGAGCAACUGUGAGAUUAUACAUUGACUCCUACGAAGCUAGUGAUGUCCUCGGCUCGGCUCAGGAGAAACUAGCGCCCCUUAUUAGUGUUGCGCUGCAAAUAUCAGAUCUACAGAAGUACACCGGCCGCGACAAACCUACCGUUAUUACAUAA